AUGGCAUUAAUUCGUAACAGUUUGUUAUUUAUUUGCUUUGUGGUUCAAUUAAACGCAACAAGUAUCCUGAGCAACUAUGAAAAUGCUAAAAUUGAAUUGGAGGAGUAUAUAGAAAAUAAGAAAAAGGAAGUCAAUCCGCGUUUCAGACCGUUGUAUCAUGUUGCUCCACCAGUCGGAUGGAUGAAUGACCCCAACGGGUUUUCAUUUCAUAAUGGGGAAUUUCAUUUAUUCUACCAAUUCUAUCCUUAUGACAGUGUUUGGGGGCCAAUGCACUGGGGGCACGUGUCAAGCCCUGAUUUAGUGCACUGGAAACAACUACCAACUGCUCUCCUGCCUGAAAAAGAGCAGUGCUUUUCUGGAAGUGCCAUUAGCCAAGAAAAUGGAUUGACCUUGAUGUACACAGGUCGAGUAGCUAUAGAUGUUGAGCCUUAUUUCAACGAAACUCAGUAUUUAGCAUUCAGUGAUGAUGGUAUAAAUUUUUACAAGUAUGAUGGGAAUCCAGUGCUAUCUAGAGCUCCGAAUGGAUCGCCAGAUUUCCGUGACCCGAAGAUUUGGAUGUAUGAGGAUUACUAUUAUGUAGUCAUUGGCAGCCAAACGACUGACAAGAGAGGAAGAGUUCUUUUGUAUAAAUCUAGUGACAUGAAAAGUUGGAAUUUUUUGUCAGUGCUAGGAGAAUCUAAUGGAGAUAUGGGUUAUAUGUGGGAAUGUCCUGACUUCUUCGAAUUAGAUGGAAAGUUUGUUUUGUUAAUGUCCCCCCAAGGACUAGAACCUCAAGGAGACAGGUAUAAAAAUACACACCAAACUGGUUAUAUUAUUGGAAAUUUUAACUACGAUACCAAUGAAUUCGAACAAGAAGUCGCUUUUCAAGAAAUUGACUUCGGGCAUGAUUUUUACGCUGCUACAACAACAGAAGUGAAUGGCAAACGAUAUCUAAUAGGUUGGUUUAGCAUGUGGGAUGAACCUCACCCUGAAGACGUCGAUGGUUGGGCUGGGAUGGCAACACUUGUCAGAGAGUUAAGAAUUGUUGGUAGCCGAAUUACAAUGCAGCCAGUUGAAGAAAUCGUGACAUUAAGAAAUCAAAUAGUUCUUGACAGUGACAUAGAGCCGAAUCAGAUUUUGGUGUUCGGUAAAGCAGUGGAAUUAAUAAUCAACAGCGAUAUAAACCAAAAAGUUGACCUUUUAUUAGAGGGUCGUAAAGGUGGGAGUAAAGCGUGGUUGCGUUGGGAUCCAGAAACACGUAAGGUUACUAUUGACAGAGGCUCCGGUGAUAUAAGGCAGGUAGAAUGGUAUCCCAAUGGAUCAAUACACUGGCAAAUCUUUUUGGAUACUAGCAGCUUGGAACUUUUUUGCGGAGAAGGUGAGGUGGUCUUCAGCAGUCGUGUAUAUGCAUUAGGUGGAUGGAAACUGACGAAUGAAAGCAAUCAGACAGUGCAUAUCAAAGCUAAUAGUUUGAAAAGAAGUACGCCUGAGUGA